CUGCUGUAGACCUGAAUUGGGUUCCACUGCCGCACUGAUGCAAUUGACGAGAAUGAGAAUGAUGAAGCAGAUUAGACGAUGACGAUGAUGACGAAGGCCGCUGUGGGCCAAAAAGAUCACUCCUCAGCGGUGUCCGAAAUACUGCGACAGGCCAAGACAAUUUUACUCUGUGCAAUGCUUUUUGCACCAUGAUGUGGACGAUACUAUUUGCUGUCUGCCAGCGACAAAGGCAAGACAAUUCUGUCAUGAUGGUCCUCAUCAACGGCUCCAUUAUAAUAUUUUCAUGGCCUGCAUUACUCUGUCACUGUGCUUCUCGUGACUACAACCUCCUUUCUUUUUCCCUAUACUCCGCCCGUUCAUUGCCGGUAAAGGACCGACGUGCCGAUUCGCCGACCGACCGAUCCAACUGCCUGAAGUCGCUCCGGUGAUAAUAGAACGGUGGCAGAGCAAUUCGUUUCAGGAACAUGUUGCGGGAGAGGAGCAACACUCCUUCCUAAACAAGUAUUUUAUGCGUGCCCUACAGUUAUUGUCAAUACUUUCAUACAAGGAAUCCGCCCUGUUUGCAGCCUGACCCAUUUACAAUUCAUUAGUUACGCUACUA